AUGAAUGACCUCCGCCACCCUCCAGAUGAAGUUCCCGAAUCUCUCUACAUCGUCCACGAUCCCUCCAAUGACCAGGUCCCAGAAGGAAAGUCUUCCAAAUCGCAGGAGUCUCUCACUCCAUGGGAGAUAGGUUUUCGCCCUUACGAUAUUCUGAGUCUCAGCCGCAAGACUGCGAGCAGCUUUCUCCCUCUUCAUUAUGGUGCCGCGAACGGACCUAGGAGAAAUCCUCCCAGUGUUUAUGUCACAGCGACUGAUGAUAUCGAGGCUGCGGAAAACGAGGUCAUUACAAGCGAGGAUGAUUUAGUGAUGUACAGAUUAGAUGGCAGAUGUGAGGAAAUGAGAAAGUGUGCCAUUUUCAAAGCGUCAGACUGGUUGCGCGCUCUGGAAAUGUGGGAUGGAGACGAGAAUGAAGACGAAGAUGAGAAAUCUGCUAGACAGAAAAGAGUGGGCUCUGAAUGGUUGAUUUGGCCAAAAGAAGAGGAAGAUCGUGCGAUUCAGAAACAUGCGCCUGGUCAAAAACAUCAAAACGCUACUGCAAGCUCGAGCAAGAAUCCAAAUGCAGCUGUCAAAAAGGGUAAAGCGAAAACCCCAUCGGCUUUGCAUAGUCACAAGGGACUGGUGCGCAAAGAUGUAAAGGCAGAUGGCACACCUCGGUACAUGGUUGCGUUCUCCGAAAAUAACGAGUUUUCAUUUUCGACCAUCUACAUCAUUGAGGAACAAGAGACUGGUCCACAGUGUCUUGUUCAUUGGGGCCCCGGAAUAGAACCCAGCUGGGCCGCCAUCCAAAAUGUUGAUGCGAGGGCUGUGAAGGACUACUGGCGACGCAACACCAACGGCCGAGGAAAAGCAAAACCAAAGAAGAAAUAUGAAAUUCUAUUUGAAGAUCAGCAAAACAAGGAGACUAAGUUGGACAGCAAGUUCUUGGUCAAGUGGGCUGAUUCCGAUAUCUUGGCCUGGGAAACUUAUGACAGUAGUCCUGGUGUUACAAGACAUGCUGUCAAUGAGUUUCGAGCGAAGAGGGACACAUGGCAGAGAUAUCAAUACAAGUGA